AUGAUGACGCGUACCAACGCACCCAGACACGCGGCUCCCCUCCUGUGGCUAGGCAUCACAAUUGUCUCGUUCGUCACCCUCACGCGUGGGGGGGCUGGCCUUGUGAAUUCGCACUUGAAGACUCACUCACGCGCACUGCAGGAUGCCCCAGUGCAGGACUUUCCAAUCGGAUACUGGAAAGACAUCGGCAAGCACGCUGAACUCGCUGGAGAGAGAAAUGACGACAAGCCAGGGGCCAUCUCAUGGCUCGAGAAGAACACUGCUGGGGAUGCGCAAAGUACUGCAACAGGCCAGCUCACCACGCGCUGGCAAAGAGUGGCUCGCCGUUUGGGCUUUGGGAAAAGAAAUAGGGAAGUCGCGGAGUCUGCAGGCACUGUCCCCGCGAAACGGCGCUCGACGUGGGCGGGAAAAAUUGCCCAGCAUAUGCGCCGUGCUGGAGCACUUUUGCGGCGCAAACUCCCAGCAUACUUUUCCGGUCUGCGGACGCGCAUUCGCAACUGGUGGAGGGGCAUGCCAGAUGUUGUGAGAUUCCAGCCGGAAGAGCCGGGAGAUGCCCUUGUCGCUCGUCUACUGGCUGAAUUGCGCGGGAUAGGCGGGCGGCCUCAAGACAUCAAAUGGGAGCACGGAGCUUUCGACGACUGCGUGUCUUCAACCUUCUUUCCUCCUGAUGCCCCGGUAGAUGUUGUCUCAGAAAUUACGGGAAGCUCCAGGACGUUUGUGCGAGGUCCGCCUCUCGGGAGAGGCGGCUUUGGCAUCGUGUUCUUAGCACGAGACGUAGAGACCAAUGAGGAGGUUGUUCUGAAGGCUGCUAUCAAGGACGGGGUCCUUGCGGAAACGAUCCCAGCCAGUGUGCAGAAGGAAGCAUUUUUCUACCGUCAGCUUCCAGGUGUGAAAACGCCAGAGGAUGCUCACUUGCAUCUAAGGCUCCUAGUUGCCGCCGACGUUGUGAAGGUUGCACACGCUCCAGCGAUCAAGCUGUGCGGGGCGGGAAUGUCGCAGCCUAGACGGUGGGUCCCCAACUUGUUUCUUGUCAUGCCGAAGGCAGAGACUGACCUGGAACGGCUUACAACAACAUUAUUUGAAGAAGUUCCCACUGUCAGCGAGAGUGAGCUCGGCCGCGCUGCACGCUUGCAGCUGAGCAUCGGCAUCAUUCAAACGGUGGCCAACCUCCACGACCAGGGAUUAGUUCAUGUCGACAUCAAGCCAGGAAAUUUCGUAGUCAUGAGUGACGGGCGACUCUUUCUCAGUGACUAUGGCUCAUGUGAGAAGCUGGGAACGGUCAGGAAAGUAGGAACGACAGAGGAGUACCUCCCCCCAGAGAAGGACAAGUUUGGAGGGGUUCGUUAUGUACAGGCGUUUGACGCGUGGCAAGUCGGUCUAUCUCUGUACGUGCUUUGGUGCAAGGAGAAGCCUGAUAAGUUUUCUGGCCUUUCGACGUUCCUGCAUUUUGGCGAGUGUACUGUGGAUCCGCCAGAGGCAAUCAAGGACCUCAUUCGGUGGUUCCUACAAAAGGACGAGGGGCUCCGGCUGCUGCCUUUGCGUGCCCUGCGAACUCAGCAGUUUCGCCAGAUAAAGAAGGAGGUUGAGCGGUCGCUGCGACAUUUCGCCAUACAGCCUCCAUUAGAAACAGGCGAAGAGACGCAGUCGGUGAAACCAGAGCAGGCGUCUUUGGCGGAGGCUACGGAACGUCCUGGGGAACGUGGAAUGACGGAUACGAUGUCGACAGGCGUCGAGGCGUAG